AUGAUAGGAGUGAAACCAAUGAACGUUUUCUCGUUGAUUGAUGAAGAGAGUAUAUUUCCCAAGGGUACCGAUCAUACCAUGCUCUCUAAAUUGCACGAUGCUAACUCUAACAAGAGUUACUACAUGCGCCCAAAGGCUGAUCUGCAACGUUCCUUUGGAAUAAAACAUUUUGCUGGACCGGUUUUCUACCAUGUUCGAGGGUUCCUUGAUAAGAAUCGAGAUGCCUUUUCGGCAGAUUUGCAUGCUCUCGUUCAAUCAUCCAAAAUGCACCUUUUGCUGAGGAUCUUUGACGAAUCUGACUAUAUUCCGGCGGCUAUCGAAGGCACUAUGAGGGGCAGGAGCGCCACUGUCAGCAGCCAAUUCCGGAAGUCAUUGGAACAACUGAUGCAGCAACUGAACCACACGGAGCCAUUCUUCAUCAGAUGCAUCAAACCGAAUGAAUUCAAGAGGCCAAUGAUGAUGGACCGUGGACUGGUGCUACGUCAACUUCAAUACUCUGGGAUGUUAGAAACGAUCAAAAUUCGUCGAAACGGCUAUCCCAUACGCCACGACUUUGAACCUUUCGUUCAACGCUACCGGGUUCUCGUCAACGGGAUUGGCGCUACGAAUUAUGACAGCAGAAGUGCAGCGGAAUUGAUUUGCCGCAAAGUGCUUGGACAAGGUUCAGACUUCCAGCUCGGGAAGACGAAAGUGUUUUUGAAGGAAAGGCAUGAUCUGUUUCUGGAACAGGAAUAUCAUCGCAUGCUGUCUUACCGGGCUACGGUUAUUCAAAAGCACGUCAAAGGUUGGGUGGCAAGGAAAUCGUUCCUCAAGAAGAAAGAGGCGGCGAUUGUGAUUCAGAAGCACUGGAGGCGUUACGUUCAUCAAAAACGAUACUCACAGAUCAUUGCCGGAAUCUGUCGCCUACAAGCUGUUCUUCGAUCUCGACAACUCGUCCUACAUUACCAAAGUUUACGACAUAAUAUCAUUCAGUUCCAGGCCGCAUGUCGUGGAGCGCUCGUCCGUGCAAGAAUCAGAGAGCUGAAGAAGAAUGGAGGACGACGAAUACCGGUUCAAGAAGAUCCACGGGACGAGGUCAAGGAAGAAGUCAGGGAAGAGGAACUGGUAGGACAGCUCUUCGAUUUCCUUCCACCCGACACUCGUCUGGAAACGAUCCCGGACAACGUUUCCGGAAGCAGUGAUAGUAUUGACUCUAUUCACAGCCAGGGGCCAGCCGCUGAAACUGCUGUGAAACUGGGAGACGAUCUGGAGAAAUAUCAGUUCGGAAAAUUCGCUGCCACAUAUUUCCAGUCUCAAAUAACCUCUUCGCACUCGAAGAAACCCUUGAAAUCACCUCUCCUGACUCACGAAGACUCCGGAACCCAGCUGGCAGCAAUGGCUGUUUGGAUAACGAUUCUCCGGUUUAUGGGAGAUAUGCCAGACGUGAAAUAUGGCUCGAACAAUGGAGACGUGCCGGAUAAAACUCCGAUUAUGAGUCGACUCUUUGAAACACUGAGCAGAAAAUACACCUCUCGUGACGUCGAGGAAGCCGCCCAAGCGGAGGAAUUUGACGGUGCAGGUCGAACUCUUAAGAAAAGCAUGGGGAAGAAACUGAUGUCCAUGACAUUAAAACGAAAGACGAAGCUCUCAGGCAUGAGCUCCUCUUCGUCAGAACGCUCGACGGAUUCAUCGUCAUCGUCGAACGCUUUGAUGGAGAACAGACCGAUGAGUUCACUCGAUAAGCUUCACUACAUUAUCGGGAUGGGAAUACUGAGAGAAGAACUCAGAGACGAAAUUUAUUGUCAGCUCUGCAAGCAGCUCACUGGCAAUCCGUCAAGGCUUUCGGCUGCACGCGGCUGGAUUCUGCUGUCGCUGUGCGUUGGAUGCUUCGCUCCUAGCCCUCGCUUUAUCAAGUACCUUUACUGCUUCAUCCGGGAACGUGGUCCAUCCGGAGCUGGAUAUGCGGCUUACAUGGAAGAACGAUUACGACGAACUGAACAGAAUGGAUGUCGUCAUCAACCGCCCAGCUACGUCGAGCUCCAGGCGAACAAAGCGAAGAAGCUGAUAGUGUUAGCCGUGACGCUUAUGGACGGGUCAGUGAAGACGUUGUGCGCGGACAGUGCCACUACGGCUGCUGAAGUCUGUUCAGCUCUAGCCGAGAAGAUAGGCCUCAAAGAGAAGUUCGGCUUCAGUCUCUACAUUGCUCUUUUCGACAAGGUGUCAUCCCUUGGCUCAGGGUCUGACCAUGUGAUGGAUGCAAUAUCACAAUGUGAACAGUAUGCCAAAGAACAGGGUCGGCAGGAAAGGAGUGCACCAUGGAGGCUAUUUUUCCGAAAGGAGAUCUUUACUCCUUGGCACGAUGCCAAAGAGGAUCCAAUCAGCACGAAUCUCAUCUACCAACAAAUCGUUCGGGGCAUCAAGUAUGGGGAAUAUCGAUGUGAUAAAGAGGAUGAUCUCGCAUCCUUCGCUGCCCAGCAGUACUUCAUCGAAGAGGGGCUCCUGGACGUGAAUCGCCUCGAAAGUCAACUGCACAAUUACUUACCAGAUUUCGAGCUGAACGGGAAAGAAUUGGCAAGAGAGCGAUGGAUUCAAGCAAUCAUGUACCACUACAGGAAGAAGUUUGGUGUGAAUCCUCCAUCACCACAUCAUGUUAAGGAGGACGUGGUAUCAUUUGCCAAAUUCAAGUGGCCGCUAUUGUUCUCCAGGUUCUACGAAGCUACCAAAUUCUCGGGAUCUCCCCUCCCUCGCAAUGAUGUCAUUGUAGCCGUGAACUGGACGGGUAUCUAUGUGGUUGACGAUCAGGAGCAUGUACUGCUGGAAUUCAGCUAUCCAGAAAUCACGAAAGUGACGCACCAAAAGCAAUCGCGACCGGGUGCUGAUACCUGUGUCGUUCAAACGGUGACAGGAGACGAGUACACAUUCCAAUCACCCAACGCUGAAGACGUGAAAGACUUGGUGUCGACGUUUAUUGACGGUCUCAAACAACGAAGCCGAUAUGUCAUUGCAACUAAACGCCAGAAGGGGGACGAUACGUCCAAUUUGCUCGAGUUCGAAGUUGGCGAUCUUAUAGUCUUGAUGAAUCAGACAACUGGGAAGGAUUUGCUUACUGAAAAAUUAGUCAAGGGCGAAUGUGCGCGGACGUGCCUGCAGGGUUAUGUCCAAACGGAGAAUGUCUAUGUAUUACCAACCCUCAUCAAGCCGAAUGUGAACACUCUGCAGUUAUUCAUGAAAAGUGAGCAACUGUCUCUGGAUAUUAUCAACAACAAUCAAGUUGUCGUCAUCCAGAACAACGGACGGCCGCAUACAUUGGAACAGUUUGCCAUUGACAAUUUCAGGGCCCCAUCUCGUCCAUCAGUCGCUCAACGGUCCCUCAUGACGCUGCGACGUCGCGAUGUCGCACCUCUGCCGCGGUGGCGAUUCAAUCGGGAACCUCUGGAUGUGCCGUUGUUGAAGAAGCUGGAAGGGAGGGAAGAACAGUGUCGAGAUGCGAUCACUAUGUUCAUGUGUUUGCUAAAGUAUAUGGGAGAUCAACCGUCAAGGCGAAGUCGACUCGGCACCGACCUCACCGACAGCAUCUUCAAACCGGCUAUCGCACAUGAAAUCCUCCGCGAUGAGCUAUAUUGUCAACUUCUACGUCAACUUACGAUGAACCCCUCUAUGUUAUCAGAAGAGAGAGGAUGGGAACUAGUUUGGCUUGCAACGGGCCUAUUUGCUCCCAGUACAAGUCUUCUGAAAGAAGUGGUGCAGUUCUUGAAGUCGCGUCCUUAUCCCGUCGCCCACGAUUGCCUCCUCAGGGUAAUGAAGAUGAACAAAGGAUAUUCCCGAAAAUGUCCACCUCAUUUAGUAGAAGUGGAAGCGAUACAGCACAAAACAACGCAGAUCUUCCAUAAGGUUUACUUCCCGGAUCAGUCUGAUGAAGCGAUCGAAGUCGAGUCGUCGACGAGAGCCCGAGAUUUUUGCAGACGAAUAGCUCAGCGGUUAGGACUGAAAAAGCCUGAUGGUUUCUCGCUCUUUGUGAAAAUCAAGGAAAAAGUUUUGGCGGUGCCGGAAAGCGAAUUCUUCUUCGACUUUGUACGCCAGCUAUCCGAUUGGGUCCAGAAUAAUCAUGCGCUGAAAGAGAACUCAAUAAUCCCAGUCAACUACCAAGUUUUCUUCAUGCGAAAGUUAUGGAUGAAUGUAAAACCUGGGGAUGAUCGGAAUGCUGACCUGAUAUUCCACUACCAACAGGAAUGUCCGAAGUACCUACUCGGCUAUCAUAAGGUAUCCAAGCAGGAAGCUGUAGAGAUUGGUGCCAUUAUCCUUCGAGCCAUCACCAAAGACUCCAAGAAUGCUCCAUUAGCACAAAUUCCUCAACUACUGAGCGAGUUGGUGCCGACGGAUUUGAUAAAAUCGACAUCAUUGGGCGAGUGGAAAAAGGCAAUAUCAUCUGCCUACGUCAAAGUUGAGCAUAUGUCAUCGGAUCAAGCUAAGAUCGAAUUCCUCACUCUUAUGUCAAAGAAGGAUUCAUUUGGAUCAGCGUUUUUCCCAGUUUCACAGUACUCCGAUCUUAGUCUGCCGGACAAGUUGUUGAUAGCCAUCAAUCCGAAAGGAGUACAUCUCUACAAUAGCGAGUCAAAAACGUUAAUCACACAGUAUCCGUUCAACGUCAUAUGCAAUUGGACAAGCGGCAAUACCUACUUCAACAUGACUGUUGGAAAUGGAAUAAGGGGCAAUGAGGGGAAGAAACUACUUCUCGAUACUACUAUGGGUUACAAGAUGGACGACCUGAUCACUUCGUAUAUAUCGGUUCUUAUCUCUGGUCAAAAUAAUCGUUCAAAUUCUCGAAGGAACGAGUCGAUCAUCUAA